UUGUAAAGCCGUGAUGGCAGAAGCUCUUUCAAUAAAGUUGCUAGUGUUGACACACCAGGAGGACGGCUAGGGAGGCAGCCACCAUCAACCAACCAAACUUGUUAGUCAAAAUAUGUGCUGCAUAUCGUGACAGACCAACAGAGGACAGACAGAGGGAGACGGAUGCCCUCGGAUGAGUCGGCCAAGGAGGCAGAAAAGGCAGCUAGAUAGGGCUUCCAAUGCAUUUGCAUUGUUUUGUAUGAAACUUCAGGGUGAAUGGUUUCCCGAGAGAGGCUCUGCACAGAGCAAUGACCUUCCUCAUUCAUGACCCUGUGUCCUGGAAGGCCAUGCUUUUGCCAAUGUCGGAGCAACUGAAAUGGAUCAUCCUGGGAAUAUCUGUAGUCUUUUUCAUUCUGGCGAUGGGCCUCCUGUUGUGGCAGACCAUCUACUUCUGCACAUACACUCCCACACCCCAGGAACCUGAUUCUUACCUCCCUCUUGAUACCGCACCACAGGGGCCACAGACCCGACACUCGUUCAUUCCAAACUACAAGAUGGAGGCCCCGAGGUGGACCAGCUCUCCGUCUACGAGCAGCGACCUGCCGGCAGAGCCCGGCUGCAGCUGGCAGGAUGUGGAGCGGGAAGCGCAAGGUUCCCUGACGUUCUCCCUCUAUCACGACCACGUUCAGUCCCAGCUGGUGGUCACCGUGCUGCAGGCCAGUGGGCUGCAGCCACGAGCUCCCAACCAGAGGCUCCACCCCUUCGUCAGGGUGCGGCUGCUGUGGGCGGGGCCUGUGGAGGAGGGGCGGAGCCUGCAGCGGGUGCAGGGGGAGUGGCAGAGCCGCGUGGUGAAGGACAGUCUCAGCCCCUCCUUUGGGGACCAGUUCAUCCACACCCUGGAGCAGGAGAAAGAGCUGGCUCGCUACACAGUCAGGCUGGAGGUGAAGGAUUAUGACAGCUUCUCCAGAGAAGAGUCUCUGGGCGAGGUGAGGGUUCCUCUGGGUCAGCUCCACAUGACCUCCUACCCCCUGGAGCUGCUGAAGGACCUGCACACACCUCAGAAGGACCUGGUGGGUGAGGUGCUGCUGUCCCUGAGGUUUCUGCCCACCUGCCAGAGACUGGAAGUGGGGCUGUUGAAGAUCAGGACUCUGCCACCACACACACACACACAGAAGGCACUGCAUGCCAGGGUCAGUGUCCAGUGUAACCAGGUUCAGCUGCAUCAUCAGAAGAUCUCAUACCAGCCCUACACAGAGGUGACCAUCUUAAACCAGGUCCUUCCCUUCUCCCUGCCCGAAACUGACAUCUAUCAGUGUUCCAUCCUGCUGUCUGUCUACCACAGCCUGGCAGGCAGGAAGUCAACACGCCGCCUGAUUGGUCAAACCAGCCUUGGGAAGGGAGGGGCCUCUGAGGACCAACACUGGAGCUUGAUGAUGCGAUCAGUUCGCCAGCCAAUCUCACAGUGGCAUCCACUCUUCAUCUGAGGCCGGCUUUUUCAAGCGUGCCUCCAGAGCCUGUUUAAGGAGAGCCUGCCCACUCCCUAUUAAGCCCCAUUAUACCGAAUUUUGUUGCAGUUCCACCAGAGUUCCACUGGGAGUGAUCGCGGUCGAGUGCAAAAUGAAUGGGAGUCUAUGGAGCUAAACGGCUACAUUUGUCUCUUUCACCUGAUUUUUCGUUGAGAAAUCUCAGAUUUGAUUGUAGUUUUUGCAUGUUCUACAUGGAUUAUAGGUAAACAUUUGAAUGAACGAGUACUUAUUUCCUUUUGAUUUCUUACAGGGUGAGUCGUUGUUGCCCAUAACACGAUAGCAUUCUGAUAAUGAAUGCUGAUUGGUUAGUGAAGGACUGACUACGACCAGAGAUCCCGCUUGAUGGAAUCCAAAGUGGAAUCAGAAUGUCAGAGCAUUAGCAACAUUAGCAACAACAUUAGCAAGCCAAAACUCUUUCUAGCAUGUGUAUUGACAGGGAGAGCCUAACUUGUCAGCUAUGUUGUCGAUGCCUCGAGAGAAAAAAGGAAGUGACCAGAGCUUGCCGUAAUGCAGUAUCUCUGGCCGUACAAUGUGUAUGACUUCAUUGACAUUUUAAAAGGCUUUGUAGAACAAAAGGUGACUUUUUUUAAACCCAGCAGUGUGUAUUUUAUUUGCCUCCCCUUUUGAAUUCAACAUUCAAAUUACUAAACAAAGAAUUAUAUCCUGAGAAAAGUGGAUUUUGAGGGGUAUAGCUCCAUAGACCUCCAUUCAUUCUGCACUCGACCGUUAGCGCCCUCAUAUGGAACUAGAGUGGAACUGCAGAACCCGGAAGUUUCCCGAGAGUGGGAGUUCUCCCCAUAUUAGACAUUCUCUGGUGCCUCCUAGGCAAGACCAGGAAAUUAUCAUAAUAUUUGAUCACAAAUAUACAUUUUAUUUAGCCUGACGUUGUCAUACUCAUAAUUCUAGUCAGAAUAUGAGUCUGAUACCGCUCCGUUGGGCUGUGAGUAUGGGGCGUGUUUCAACCGAACCCGGAAAUAAAAUGCCUCUUCGCUCAAUUGGAUAGACCUACAACCAAUCAGAGCAACGUAGUAUGUUAACUUUUACCGAAUCCCGUAGGAAGGACGGCAAAAAAAAUCCAUCGACAAAUGCCUUGAUCGCGUUUCUCUGUUCCUCUUUCAAAAUGAAUGCGCUGUCGAUGUAUUCUAAAUCAGACUUGAUGGCAGAAUCUACACAUCUCAGCUCUCAAGCGGCAGCCAUGUUUGUUGAAAACGAAUUCAACCCAAGCACUCUUUGGUGACGUGGUUGAUUACGUUACUGUUGAUCAUCUGUCCAUCAUCGUAUAAAGCCCGCCCUGACAAUUUGAUUGGUCCGAACAGCUCCUGUUCGGACAUAGUUUUUCCCAAAACUAGCGACCCCAGACCUAACUCCCCGACCCAAUUUUUUUUGUGGGCGGGGCUAAACUGGGUUGGCACCCAGGCUACAUUUGAUAAUGUACAUAUUUAUUUAACUUGUGUAUGUGGACAUGUAUGAGUGGUAUGUGAAGGACUAUUACUUGAAUGUGAGUGAGAGAAUAUAUUGGCGGUGUUUUUUUAUAACAAUCUUGCCACUGUUUUAUGAAAUAUAUAAUGUUAUAGUAUUUUAAAUAUUAUAGACGGUAUAUGAUCUUCUUGUGCAUCAAUCGUAUGCAGAUAUCCUUGUUUACCACACGAGGGCACUGUAAUACUGGGGGUGUUCAGGCCAUGCAGUCAUCUCAGCCAAGGGAGAUUCGGAACGUUCACAGGUUUCCUUCCUUCCUCCCAGCUGCUAUGUCAGGUCAUCUCAUAUUGGUCAUUUGGUUUAAGGUGUACAACAUCCUGUGUUUGUUUUGAACUGACAGAGAACAGCCAGUGUGUGUGAGAGACAGAAAUAAUGGUUUGCUAAUUGGAAACAAGAAAGCAUUGAGAGAGAGAGCAAAAGAUAGAGAGAGAGAUAGAGUCUGUGAGAUAGCACGCUUCUCUCCCCAAAACACAGCUUUGUUGAACCCCACCCCCCCUGCAAUCCAGUCUUGUCAAAGCGCAACAUCACCAUAGGUAAAACCAAGUCAUUAAACGCUGACUGUUGCUUCUCAAGGCCAUUCCCAGGCAUGACCCACCCCCUCUCCCAGCCAAUGGGCUGUUGGGGAAGCAGGUAGGGGGUAGAGGAUAGGGGAUGAGGAGGAGUCAUGAGGCCCCAGACUCUUCAGAUGUUGACAUUAAUGGGCAACUGUGAUGCCUUUAGUUAUAUUGUUUGUGAUAAAAAAAAUAAAAUAACAAUUGCUUGCUAUGCAUUUUCCAUUUAAUUUCAUUCACUCACUCACACACUGUAUUCACACACGUUCAUUCACACACACACCCACACACACACAUGCGUACUGAUCCGUGUUUGACUGUUGAGAAGCUUUUGGGGACCCUGCAGCCUCAACCUUGGGAUGAUGUCAUCACAUUGGAAUGCUAGGCCACAUACUGACACAGGACAGGAAGCUGGGUCCUUAACAGUAAAGAAUCCUGCAGAUCUCGACACACAGUUUAAGAUUGAACUCACUUUCCACUUUAACUAGUGGUAGUACCACAAUUAGGUUCACUCCACCAGUAACCAUCUAGUAAACCGUAUACAUUAAAAGCGGCUAGUUUAGAGCUCAUAACCUGUCUCCUGGUCCAUCCUUCAGUUUUUUGAUUUCCCUCCCCCGCCCUCCAUAAGACUUUGGCAUCUGAGGCAAUGUUAGAGAGCCAACUGUCACCCAUCCCCCAGCUCUCUCCCUGAUUACUGCAGCAACUCAAACAUUUUGAGGACUGCAGACAUACGUUUCUGGUGUAUCCUAGGCUGUGCUGAUCAGUUGUACAGUGGUCAGUUGGAGGGUAGUUAGUGGUAAGAUGGUGAAUUUAAAGUGGUUAUCGCUGUACUGGUGAGUUAGAAGUGGUUGUCACUGUACUAGUGAGUUACAAGUGGUUGGUUUUGAGUUGGAGGUUGGUCAGAGAUGUGCUGGCAAGUACAUCCCGGACCAACCUCCAACUCCAACAUCCUACAGUAUAUUUUCUGUACUCUCAUCUAUGUGUUGCCCAAGAAGAUUCCAUGUCCACAUGGUAAACAUCUGUCCACAUGACUGUCCAUGGUCAUGUAACAUACUGUACAUUUUGAGAAUAUACACUUCUUGUAUAUCUGAAUGACAACAAACAAGUCAUUGUUUAAUUAAUUAAUUUUUAUUAGUUGACCACAAGUUACAGUAGUUAUUUGUUUUUUCUACAGUUUGCAAAGCAAGACUCCCUUUAGAAAAUCACAAAGGUAGAUGUUUUAUUUUUUAUAAUUAUGAUAUUAUGUUCUUUUUUUCUUUAUUUGUGCAUAGCUAGAUACCAGUCGGUAUGCAAGAUAACUACUUUUUGCAAACUUCUUUUCAGUUCCAUUGGUUAGUAGGAUGUUGAAGACAUAACAUUGUUAUUCACACAAGAAGAAUUUAGCUUGGCUAGGUUGUUGUAUAAACAACUGAUUGUAUCACUAUACAGGACAGCAGGUUAGCACAGCCUGAGGCUGGACACCUACAGUAUACUGGCUUUAGAGUAACUAUGCAAAACUUUAUACCCCAGGUGUUUUAACACAUACGUUGAAUUCACAGAAGAUCUACAGCAGGAGAAUGAGAUGUUUUGGUAUUGACAGAAAAUAAAAUGUAGAGCAUCCUAGCUCUACGUGAAUGGAAUGGCAUCGCCAUGAACACACAACUGUGACGUAGCAUGUGGAAACACUGUUUUCUUAUUAAGAAAAAUACAUAUUCCAUUCAAGGAAAAAUGGAAGCACUUCAUCCAAUGGUACUGUAUUUACUGGGAAUACUGGGUAAGUACUUGGUGUAUAUAAGUAUUGUUUGCACUUUUAAUACUGUAUUUACGCUAUGUGAUGUGGUAGGUACUGCUUGUAUUGUCUGUGUACUAGAUAUUUAUUAGAUGUGUACUAGGCAUGAACUAACUAUAUUUGUGUGCGUGUGUGAUAACAAGAUGAAGUGGCCAGAGACAACACUGUCCGCGGCAAACAAUGCUUGUCAGU